CUCAAACCUUCGUUCGGCGCCCGCAAGUUGUGAAAUAACUUUCUCCCCUUCCACAGCUACAAUAAUUCACAUCCACAUCCAAAAUGUCACAGCCUGCAAACCAAUUUGAGCUCUCUGGCCCCCCAGAAGAUGUAAUCUCUUCCCUCACCUUUUCCCCGAAUAACCCCUCACGUCUCCUUGUCUCCUCCUGGGAUAGGAAUGUCCAUCUUUACGACACAAAUGCUGGCCUGAAUGGCUCGAAACUGACUGCAUUCCCUCAUGCAGCGUCGGUACUAGACUGUUGUUUUGGCGAGACGGACAGCAAUGUGUUUUCUGCUGGACUAGAUUGGCAGGUUCAACAACUCGAUCCUGAGACCGGUAGAGGGAACACCCUAGCUACACACGAAAACGCAGUAAAAUCCAUUUGCUACAAUGCGGAAACUAAAUCUCUCUUGAGCGGCUCUUGGGAUCAGUCAAUUAAACAGAUCGAUCCUAGGUCCCUAGAGUCUACCAGCUCCCACGCCCAACCACAUAAAAUAUUCUCAUUGUCGACAAUUUCACAUAUACUAGUUGUUGCCAUGUCGUCCCGCUCGGUCUACCUCUACGAUCUACGCAAUAUGUCCUCCCCGUGGCAGCGCCGUGAGAGCUCUCUCAAGUUUAUGACCCGCACGGUACGCUGUAUGCCCAAUGCCCAAGGUUACGCGAGUAGUAGCAUCGAAGGAAGAGUAGCUGUAGAGUUCUUUGAUCCGAGCGACGAGAGUCAAAAGCGAAAAUAUGCUUUCAAGUGUCAUAGGUCUACAGACGGUGGUGUGGAUGUGAUAUAUCCUGUGAAUGCGUUGGCAUUUCAUCCGAUUUAUGGAACAUUCGCAUCUGGCGGCGGCGAUGGGGUCGUUAGCCUUUGGGACGGAAUGGCCAAGCGUCGAUUAAGGCAAUAUCAGAGAUAUCCUGCCAGUAUCGCCGGGCUCUCGUUCAGUAACAACGGAAAACACCUCGCCAUUGGGACCAGUAGUGGGUUUGAAGAUGGCAAAGAUGAUGGAGCUUGUCCUCCCGAGUCCGUCAAGAUCAUCGUUAGAGAGCUCCAGGAGGGGGAAGGGAAGGGGAAGGGUCAGUAGUGGUGGUACGGGUGUUAUGGCUAGAGCGGUUUGGUUAUUAUACUAUACUGUAUUAUAGACCGAACAGAGAGUCUUUGUUCUUCUAU